AUGGAGGAGAAAGAAAGAGAAAAAGAAGGACUGCUUGAACACCCGAGAGUAACUCGCCUUCCAAAGACACCGGAUGGAGAACUGGUUAGUACGCCCCUGAUGAUGCUCUGUGCUGAUCUCAAUCCAACUCAUCGGACCUUUAAUGAUUUUUAUAAAACCUUGUUUCGGUUUCUAAUAGACGCUGACGCUACAAGAGGCUUUGGAUUUUGUUGUUGCAGAUUAAUCAAUUCUGAAAUAUAUGAGCAAGGCGUUAUAUCAAUUGGUUGCUGA